AGCGGGUCUGUGGGCGGGAGGCCGGAGCAGCUCUCCGGCUGAAGUCCGGCGAGGGACGCGCGGCGGGGCGCCGGGGGAAAACGCAGAGCCGGGCAGGGCCCUGGAAAUGGUCCCUGGGGCCGCGGGCUGGUGUUGUCUCGUGCUCUGGUUCCCCGCGUGCGUCGCGGCCCACGGCUUACGUAUCAAUGACUAUUUGUACUUCCAAGUGCUGAGUCCUGGGGACAUUCGAUACAUCUUCACAGCCACACCUGCCAAGGACUUUGGUGGUAUCUUUCACACAAGGUAUGAGCAGAUCCACCUUGUCCCUGCCGAACCCCCAGAGGCCUGUGGGGAACUCAGCAACGGUUUCUUCAUCCAGGACCAAAUCGCUCUGGUGGAGAGGGGGGGCUGCUCCUUCCUCUCCAAGACCCGGGUGGUGCAGGAGCACGGCGGGCGGGCAGUGAUUAUCUCCGACAAUGCGGUUGACAAUGACAGCUUCUACGUGGAGAUGAUACAGGACAGUACCCAGCGGACCGCUGACAUCCCAGCCCUCUUCCUGCUCGGCCGAGAUGGCUACAUGAUCCGCCGCUCUCUGGAACAGCACGGGCUGCCAUGGGCCAUCAUUUCCAUCCCAGUCAAUGUCACCAGCAUCCCUACCUUUGAGCUACUGCAGCCACCCUGGACCUUCUGGUAGAAGAGUCGGUCCCACAUUCCAACCAUAAGCAACUCUGGGUUGGAAAAGGGAAACCUGGGAGUUCUGCUGUUUGGGAGUUGGGGAGAGCAUAUGGGGAUGGGUGGGAGCCAGGGAGUGGCUUGGGCUUGGGCUAGGCUGAAGGAGGGAAGCUGCACCACUGGCUUCUCUGCCCAGGCCCUAGGGCUUCUGGCUAGGAUCUGGAACAAAAAGUGGCCUGAGAGCCAUCUGUGAAGGGCUACAUCCCACCUGGCCCCAGCCUUCCUACCCAGGGUCUCCUCACAAUGCUGUUCACAGCCCCUCCCCCAGGAGUUGCUGGAGUGAUUUGAGGAGCAGCUGUUUUGGGACUCAAUAAACCUUCACUGACUUUUUAGCAAUAAAGCUACUUACCAGGGUUGCAACUGUUUGUCUUAGAAUAAGAGCACACAGUGGCAGAAAGGGCCUUCAAAACUCACUUGUCCCAUACCCUCAUUUUGAGAGGUAAAAAUUGAGGCCCAGAGAGGAUAAGUGAUUUGCCCAAGGUCCUUAGGGACCAGUGCCCAGACUGCUGGUCUCUGAUCCCAGCAGUCUCCUGCUCCAGCACUGAGGAAGCCACCUAGGGAGAAGACUCAUCCUGUAGCCUGGGAGUGGGGACCCACACUGGACUUCAAAGGACUGUUGCUUUUGGGCUCAUGGAACAUUUGCACAGCAGAGUGUGGAUGAGACCAGACGUGAGGCUCCCAUUUCCCACCACUGCCUGGCCUAAUGCUCCCCCUUUGCACCCACCUGACUGCUAGGUGCCCCAGGUAGCCUGUCAAGCCACUGUCUACAAAGCAUUCCUGCAGAGGC